CCCUUUCUUUCAUGGAAAAGACAAAGUUAAACAAUCGACGAAUCUGAGAUGCAUGCAAAAUGAUCAUUAACCAGGGAUUAACGUGGAAUUGUGUUGCUAUCUGAAAUAUUUAACUAUUGAACUGAAAGAUUGGAAUAAAAAAUUUGAUAAUCAUUAUGCAAAUCAUUAUAAUGUAUUUCUUAACUUAAAUAUGAUGUUAAAUGUUAUCGAUAUUGAAUAUAUGUGUUUAUAAUGGCGGUUCUGUCUAAAGAAGAAAUUAACUUAAGAAGAUUGCUUUCGUGUUGCGAAGCCUUGGCAAAUAAUAUUAAAUUAAAAGAUGGAAAAAUAAAUUGGAGACUCGAAAAGUACGUUAUUGCGCUUCAAAAGCAAAUAGUGGAGUUAGGGAAAGUAGACAGCAAACCUUCAAAAGAUACAAUGAAAGAAUAUACCAAAAGAAUUGAGUUCUUAAAACAUACCAUUGAUACAGAGAAAAUGACUUGUCCUUACAAGAAAACUGUGGCAAGCCAACAAAUUGUCCCUCCUGAUAUAAUUUCAGAUAGGACAUAUGCCACAACAAUUAAAGUUAGAGAGAUUCACCACAAAGCUAAAACACGACACCAAAAUGAAGCAAGAAAGGAAUUACUUGCUGGGCCCAAUUUAAAAAGCCGGAAGUCUUCAAGUCACAUGGUAAAUUCUGAAGAAGGUUUUGAUGAGAUUAUGCAACACCAUCAAAAUAUGCAAGAAAAAAUUGCAGAGGAAAUGAUUGAAAUGGCUCAGAACCUUAAACAUAACUCACUGGUUGCAAAUGACAUUUUGAAAAAAGACAAUAAGGUUCUAGACAAUGCAACAAGAUUAGCUGAUUCAAGCUAUAAAAAGCUCAAACAUGAAAGUGAAAGAUUGGAAGAGAUAACUAACAGGCCAUGUUCGCUAUGGCUAUGGAUAAUGUUAACUUGUGUAUGUAUGGUGUUCAUUAGCAUGAUCAUAUUUAUACGAUUUUUCCCAAAGAUAUAAGCAUAUAAUACAUAACUAUGUAAAUAUACAAUUAUAUUCUUCAAUUGAACUUUUGUCACUAUGCAAAAGAAAUAAUGAUUGGAGUUUAAUAAGACAAAAAAAUUCAAGAAAAAUA